GGCGACGACCUCCGUCAGGACCAGCUGGUGUUGCAGAUGCUGAGGCUGAUGGACAGGGAGCUGAAGAACUCCGGACUUGACCUGAAGCUGACGCCUUACCGAGCGCUUGCGACGUCACCUUCGACAGGGAUGGUGGAGCGGGUGGACUCAUACCCGCUGUCAAAGAUUCUAGCAGAGUACGGGAAGGACAUUCGGAUGUUUCUUCGUCAGCACCAUCCCGAUCGGUCGGGCCCGUUUGGGAUCGCAGCGGAGGUGAUGGACAAUUACGUCAAGAGCUCAGCAGGAUAUUGUGUCGUCACCUACUUGCUGGGAGUAGGU